AUGGAUGGAAUGAACGUGGACGGCGUAAGCACGGAUACAAGGGAAGUGGUUGAACUCGACGUCCAGAAUCCGAGCUUGGGGCGGGGGGAGCAGCGCGAGUACCCACCAGCUUUGGCACUCAUGGCCAGCAGUGACCCACGCGCCUGGCUGGCUCCCGUGCAGGCUGGCACCUGCGCGGCACACGCAGAAUACCUGCUGCACUCGCCCGGCUCGAGCGCGGAAGGCGUGUCCUCUGCCUCCAACUUCAGGAAGAGCAGCAAGAAUCCUGUCAAAGUACGCGAGCUCUGCCGGCUUAAAGGAGCUGUGGGUGCAGAUGAAGGCAGACAGCGGGCCCCAUCCAGCAAAGCGACGAACGUCGUGCAGAAACAGAGGCGAAUGGCUGCCAAUGCCCGGGAGAGGCGAAGGAUGCACGGAUUGAACCACGCGUUCGACGAGCUGCGCAGUGUCAUCCCAGCCUUAGACAAUGACAAGAAGCUCUCCAAAUAUGAAACCCUACAGAUGGCCCAGAUCUACAUCAACGCUCUGUCUGACUUGCUCCAGGGCCCCGGUGCUAAAGCCGACCCGCCAAACUGCGACUUGCUGCCUGCCAACGUGUUCGAGGAGCACCGCUCUCCCAGAGGAUCGCCGAGCGUCUGUCGGAGAGGCGCGGGCGCGGGUUACCCGUACCAGUACGAGGACGGAACAUUCGCCUCUUUCAUGGAGCAAGACCUCCAGUCGCACUCUGGAACGAGCAAGUCCGGUUCGGAGGCCAGCAAGGACUCGCCUCGGUCGAACCGGAGCGACGGAGAGUUUUCCCCUCACUCGCACUUCAGUGACUCAGACGAAACGCACUUGGAGAUGCAGAGCGAAGACGAGCUGUCGGAACUGAAACUGCCCAAGCACCGCGCUUUUUAGAAAACACACCAACUGGACUGUCCAUCAAUCGUGU